AUGGGUCUCUUCAAACACAAGAUCACCGUCUCAGACGACCAGGUGACGCAUGCUGGUCGUCUCACGACAAAGCAGUCUCUAUUCCCGAAUUUUCUCGUCACCAUCCUUUUCUUUCUCUGGGGCUUCGGCUACGGCCUCCUCGAUGUCCUCAACUCUCACUUCCAAUCCACCCUUAAUAUCACCCCGGCCAAAGCCUCCGGUCUCUCGGCCGCCUACUUCGGCGCAUACUUUGUCUGUCCGCUGACCAUCUCCGGUUGGAUCCUGCGUCGCUUUGGCUUCCGUUUGACGUUCAUCACAGGGCUCGUGGUUCUCGCUGUGGGAUGUCUGAUCUUCUGGCCGUCAGGGGUGAAGAAGUCGUUUGGCGGCUUCUGUGGGUCUAUGUUCAUUGUCGGCGCGGGUCUUUCGACGCUCGAGACGGCAGCGGAUCCGUUUCUUGCUAUCUGUGGUCCUCCUAAGUACUCUGAGGUGCGUUUGAACUUGGCUCAGGCGGUGCAGGGCGUGGGAGGCUUCGUGGCGCCGUUGUUGGCGAGCCGGGUGUUUUUUGCGCAUACCGUGGAUGACGAUCAGGGUCUCAACAACGUCCAAUGGGUCUACCUCGGUGUCGCGGGCUUCGUCGCUCUCCUAGUCAUUCUGUUCCUCCUGGCUCCUUUCCCUGAAAUCACAGACGCCGACAUGAGCGCCCAAGAAGCCGAAAUCUCCGACACCGACACCGGUCCCCUCAAGAAACAAUACACACUCUUCCUCGGCGUGUUCUCUCAAUUCUGCUACAUCGGCGCGCAAGUCUCCGUCGCAAACUACUUCAUCAACUUCGCCAUGGAAGCCGGCAAAGACAAAGCGUUCGCCAGCGAUCUCUUCGCCAUCGCCCAGGCCGUGUACGCAUUCAACCGAUUCAUCGCCGGCGGACUGAUGAUGAUCCCCGCCUUCAAGCCACGAUAUAUGCUGACGGCUUAUCUGACGGCUUGUUUUGUGUUCUCGAUUGCGGCGAUGAAGACGACAGGUACGACCAGUGUGGGGAUGUUGAUUAUGGUGUUUGUGUUUGAGAGCUGUUGCUUCGCGACGAUCUUUACGAUGAGUAUGAGGGGUUUGGGGAGGCAUACGAAGCGUGGGGGUGGGAUGUUGGUUGCUGCAAUUAGUGGUGGUGCGGCGUUUCCGCCUAUGAUGGGUGCUGUGGUGACCAAAAAGAACGCCCACGUCGCCAUGGCCAUUCCCAUGAUGGGCUACAUCCUGGCCUUGGUGUUCCCGAUCUACGUCAAUCUCUUCCAGCGCGAGAGAAUGGACGAACACUCGCAGUCCAACGUGGGUAUCGUUCCGUCGCUGGAAGAUAAGGUCCCGGAGGAUGCGGAGGGCGGGAAGAAUGCCACCGCGACGGUGGAAUUGGCAGAGCAUGUUGAGAAUACUCGCGGGAAUUAG